AUGUAUAUUUACCCUAAUAAUAUCUAUCUAUCUAUCUAUCUAUCUAUCUAUCUAUCUAUCUAUCUAUCUAUCUAUCUAUCUCUCUCUCUCUCUAUAUAUAUAUAUAUAUAUAUAUAUAUAUAUAUAUAUGCUAUUAGCAAUAUCUAUCUAUCUAUCUAUCUAUCUAUCUAUCUAUCUAUCUAUCUAUCUAUCUAUCUAUCUGUCUGUCUGUCUGUCUGUCUGUCUUAUAGCAUAUUCAUAUGUCGGUUGCUGUCACGUCAGUAUACACAUACCCUAUCACACACACAACCAUUAUCUAUCUAUCUAUCUAUCUAUCCCUUUAAUUUUAUUCAUAUCUAUCUAUCUAUCUAUCUAUCUAUCUAUCUAUCUAUCUAUCUAUCUAUCAUGCGCUAUUAUAUCUAUCUAUCUAUCCCUUUAAAUUUAUUCAUAUCUAUCUAUCUAUCUAUCUAUCUAUCUAUCAUGCGCUAUUAUAAGAUCUAUCUAUCAUCUGACAAUAAGUCUCUCUCUGUUUUUCUCUUUCUAUUUUUAUUAUACAAAAUGGAUUGCAAUUUUCUGAAUUUAUCUAUUUACUUGAGGAAUUAUCUAUCUAUGGUUAUUAUUUCCCUCUAA